AUGAGUGUUACUAUUAAUAUCAAUGACAUCUUUGAUGAUGUUAUCCAUAAAAAUGAAAGACUUGUCAAACAAAUCAAAUUAUGUGAAGAAAUGGUCAAUAGUUUAGUGAUUUGUGUUAAUAAUUGUUUGAAUUGUCAACAAAAUUAUGAAAUCAGCGAAAAGUUGAAACAAUUUGAGUGUCAAAUGAAGACAUUGAAGACCGACGACAAUGAAGUUGUCAAUGAAGAAGAAGAAGAAGAAGUCGAUGAACUGUUGAAUAAUUGCGAUAAAAGUUUAUCAUCAGAUGAAAUGACAAAAUCAUUGACAAACAGGACAUCAAAGACAAGAAGUGGUGGUAAAAGAGUGGAGACUAUAAUGAAGAUAAAGAAGAUUAAGAGGAAGAUAAAGAAAGUGAUAGAAACUGAAUCUGUAGUCGAUAUAAAUGAAGACAAAUUGAACAGUAAAUCAAGUGAUAAUCAAUUGACAGCAUUCAUAGACAAAUUUCGGUCACAAAUUGGUCGACGAAAUGCGGGAUAUGUUUGCAAUGUUUGUCAGUACAAGACUGGUAAUCGUGAAUACUUUGAGACACACAUAAAUCGGGUGCACUUAGAGGUCAAGCCAUACCAGUGCACGAAAUGCUUGAAAUAUUUUCACGGAAGGUAUCAACUGUUUCGCCAUCGUAUUCUCAAUCACGGCACAGAUAUCAACGAAUUGACCGCUAGAGAGGUCAAAAAACGGAAAACUCUGGAGAAAAAUAAAUGUCAAUAUUGUAAUCGUUUACUACACGAUAGACAGACACUUGAAAAUCACGUGCGUUGCGUCCAUAACGAUAUAGACACUCGGGUUACGUGCGACACGUGUGGUAAACAAUUUCUUCAUAGACUAUCUUUGGCUACGCAUAAAGCCAUAUAUCAUUCAAAUCGCGAUCAUCUCAAUAACUAUGUAUGCGAUUGGCCCGACUGUGACUACGAAGCGCUCAGUAAAUAUAGUUUAGAAAUCCACAAGAAACGUCAUAUGAAUGUAAAACCGUUUGCCUGUGAAUGGCCGGGUUGUGAGUACCGUACGGCUGCCAAAGGUGACCUGGAUAGACAUAGAUGUACACAUGAUAGCAUUGGAAAGUAUAGGUGCGAAUGGCCCGGAUGUGAUAAAGUUUGUACACGACCAAUAUUAUUACGACUACAUUUAAAACGCAUUCACCAGGACUUACCCGCCAAAUAUAAGUGCCAGUGGCCGGCGUGCGGUAAAUCAUUCAAAAUGAAAUCAAAUUUAACAUUUCACAUGAAAGUACAUAGCAAGCCGUCUAUAGUGUGUGAUUGGCCGCAAUGUAACAAAAUUUUUAAACGCAUGGAUCACAAGAAAAAUCAUUUAUUAACACAUCAACGAAAAUAAAAAUAAAAUUAUAUUAUCAU